AUGUGGGACGUUUUCCGUCCGCACAUCCUGGAUUGGGUCGUCUUCGUCCUCAUCACCGCGGGGUCCAUCGCUCUUGACUCCGUUCAUCCCUUCCAGCAAUUCGUUAACGCUGAUUACAUGCAAAAGUACAUGUACCCGUUAAAGCCCGACUCGGUACCAUUUUGGGCCGUUCCGGUCUACGCGUUUGGGUUUCCAUUGUUGGCGAUGACCGUGUCGUUCAUCCUACGCCGCGACUUCAUCGACUUCCACAGCUCGCUGCUAGGUUACGUCUUCAACUGUGCGACCACCUUUCUGCUCACCAACGCGCUCAAGGUCUCCAUUGGCCGGCCCCGGCCACACUUCUUCAUCGUCUGCUUCCCCUCGGGCGUGCCUGUGUACGGCAGUGACGGCAACGCACAGUGCAACGGGUCGUCAUCCAGUGUCAUGGAGUCGAGAGUCAGCUUCCCCAGCGGCCACACCUCCAUGUCCUUUGCAGGUUUGACCUACGCUGCGCUCUUCCUGGCAGCCAAGCUGCAGGCCUUCAGCGCAAGAGGGAGGGGGCAGCUGUGGCGGCUAGUACCGUCGGCAUGCUGCCUGGCGGGCGCUGCUUCUGUGGGCAUCACUCGAAUCGACGACUACUGGCACUUCCCAUUUGAUGUCUUCAUUGGGGGGCUCAUUGGUAUGGUGGUUGCAGCCAUCUGCUACUUCCUGCACUACCCUGCACUGUCCAACCAGAACUGUGACAUUCCGCUUCUGUCUCUCGGCCCAGAUGCGGAAACUUGUCAGGUUUCAUGUUGUGGGGGCAAGAGAGCUCUUGCCGCAGACCUAGAGCCCAAUGAAUCUAGUGGAGUGUAG